AUGGAGAUGGUAUUUAACGGGUUUUUCUUGUUCAACUUCCUUUUGCACCUCUACCUCGCCGUUGACAAGCUGACCCACCUGGUGUCUCUCCAAGCGGUGGUGGAUAUCGUCACAGUCUUUCCCUCCUACCUCAUUCUGUUCGUGAACGACGGAUGGAGGACGUCCGAGGGGGGGUUCGCCGACGCCUACCUCAGCCUGAAGAUCACCCGGGUCCUCCGCGUGGCGAGGCUGCUGGUGACCAUCUCGUUCUUCGUGCAGGGACCCUCGCUGGCUUUCGACCACUCGAGGCAACUUCUUGUGCUGCGUUCUCAGCUGGUCCGCUGGAGCCUCAAGACCGUGGUGGUGAUCUUCACGAUGGCGGGGCUGACACACUUCCUGGUGGUCGUCCAAGACGCCGACUGGGGCCUGGGGUACGGCAGGAUGCCCUUCCACGAGGCUCUCUACUUCGUCGUCGUCUCCUUCUCCACCGUCGGAUACGGCGACAUCAGCCCGUCCACUGCCCUUAGCCGGGUGGUAAUCACGGGUCUCAUCCUGACGCUCUUCUUCUGCGUUCCCUUGGUGACCAGCGCGCUCGUGAACAUCACGAAGCUCACCCCCAAGCACGGUGGCUGUCUCUCUAAGAGCUGGGGAACAGGUCACAUUGUGGUAGGCUGCGAUGCGAGCUGCCUCCGGGUGGUGAGCGUGCUCCUCCGCGACCUGCUGGCCGCGGAUUCGGUAGCCUACCACCAUGAGCACGUGGUGCUCGUCAUCCCGCAAGAGCCGACGCUCGCGUGGGAUGCGCUGCUGUGCCUGCAGCCGUCCUCUGCGGUCACGUACCUGAAUGGUGAUCUCAGGUUAACUUACCCUAAAGGCAUUCUGGAGUCCUUCACUCCCUCUGCGCGCUAUGCGAGGUAA